GCUGAUUUUGCGCGCGAACUGUAAGUGCGAGGGUCCGGGAACAGAUCGAUCCUAUUCUGUGCUGGUGCCUGGGACACGGGCCGAUCCCAGUGGACCCGGUCACCCCUGUCUUCCCACCAUGGAGCGCUCAGCAGUCAAGCAGCAACAACCGCCCGCGGCGGCCAAGAGCAGGAACCUGCCCUGGGUUGAAAAAUACCGGCCACAGACGCUAAAUGAUCUCAUAUCUCAUCAGGACAUUUUGAGUACCAUUCAAAAAUUUAUCAGUGAAGACCGACUGCCACACCUGCUUCUCUAUGGUCCUCCGGGGACAGGAAAGACAUCCACCAUCCUAGCCUGUGCUAAACAGCUCUACAAAGAUAAAGAAUUUGGCUCCAUGGUUUUGGAGCUGAAUGCUUCAGACGACCGGGGAAUAGAUAUCGUUCGGGGACCGAUCCUGAGCUUUGCUAGCACAAGGACAAUAUUUAAGAAAGGCUUUAAACUAGUGAUCUUGGAUGAAGCUGACGCCAUGACCCAGGACGCCCAGAAUGCCCUGAGGAGAGUGAUUGAGAAAUUUACUGAAAAUACCAGAUUUUGCCUCAUCUGUAACUAUCUGUCGAAGAUCAUCCCUGCCUUGCAGUCACGGUGUACGAGGUUCCGAUUCGGUCCCCUGACUCCUGAACUGAUGGUCCCCCGCUUGCAACAUGUUGUUGAAGAGGAGAACGUUGACAUAAGUGAAGAUGGGAUGAAAGCCCUCAUCACUCUUUCCAGUGGAGAUAUGAGAAGGGGUCUGAACAUUUUGCAGAGCACCAAUAUGGCCUUCGGGAAGGUGACAGAGGAGACCGUCUACACUUGCACGGGGCACCCGCUCAAGUCCGACAUCGCCAACAUCCUGGACUGGAUGCUGAAUCAAGACUUUACCACAGCCUACAAGAAUAUUAUGGAGUUGAAAACACUGAAGGGGUUGGCAUUACAUGAUAUCCUGACGGAGAUACACUUGUUUGUACACAGAGUUGACUUUCCAUCUUCAGUUCGGAUACAUUUAUUGACCAAAAUGGCAGACAUCGAGUACAGACUUUCUCUUGGCACCAAUGAGAAGAUUCAGCUGAGCUCCCUCAUUGCUGCUUUUCAGGUCACCAGAGACCUGAUUGUCGCACAGGCCUAG